GCCCAUCUCCAAAUAAGCCCUAACUAAUUAAUCAAUCCGUGACUGACUAUAAAUAUACGGCCGUCCGCUCAUCUCUUCUCCGUUUCCCCUCCGUCCUACCGCCGCCGUGCCUCUCUUAACCAUGGACUAGAGAAAAAUCAAAAUGGAGGAGCACAGUCACAAUGGAGCUUCACCGGGACCAGGUACUAGAGCCUUGGAGCCUCCUACAGAUCUUGUUGAAGCUUCUCCACUGGAGCAGCAGAAGCCGGGUGCCAAGAUUACAAGAAAGAUGCCCAGCAUACCUGCGGCAUCAUCAUCGGUGAAACCAGAGGUUCAACAAGGUGAGACAAAGCGGAUAAGUUAUCGAUCAGUUUAUUCAGAUUUUAACAAAUACCGUGGGUGGUCAUGGCCAAAGGUCGUUGGUCUCAAGGUAGACAAGGCUAAGAGGAUCAUUAGAAAGGGCAAGCCGGAACUCCACUUCGAAGUCCUCUCGAAAGACGCAAUGCAAACCUGUGAUGGUAGAUCAAUGCGUGUCAGGCUCAUAGUCGACAAAUACAACCGCGUUGUAAAAACCCGCCAUGUUGGUUAACUAAUUACAUGGGAUUUGAUUGCAUAUGUAUAUAAAUAAAGAGUACUAUGAGGAGACUUGUGUUUAA